AUGGAGCCACACAGGAUGAGAGUGAAGAAGAAGAUCGUGACGAUGGCCAGAGACUCCUGGGAAAUAUAUUUCUCCCGACUCUUCCCUGCCUCGGGCAGUGUGGGUACUGGGGUGCAGGUGGUCUCUGUGUCUCAUCGAGGCAUCAAGCUGCUGAAGAUGGUGAGAAGCAGCUCUGUUGUCCCAGACUACUUCAGAGUGCUACACCCUUACAGUUACGCGGACAUCCUGUUUGUGUCCAUUCCAUCUAAGAACAUGUUGGAGUUUAACCUGACCAACGAGAAGCUGAUUCUGUUCUCCGCCAAGGCUCCACAGGUUAAACACAUGGUGGACUACUUCAUCACAGAACUGAAGAAGGACUCUGAGUAUGUGGUCGCAGUGAGGAACUACAUCACAGAGGACAGAACUCUGCUCAGCUUCCACAAGGGAGACAUCAUCAGACUACACAGCGUGGAGGGGCUGGAGGAGGGUGAGACACGCACACACACACACAGAUACACACACGACCCCAUUGUGUUAGCUCUGUUGCUCAUUGUAUUGUGUGGUGUAGGCCGAUGCUACGGCUGCAUCGUCAGGAAGAAGGUCAUGUUGCUGGAGGAACUAAAGAGAGAUACUCCUGAGUUUGGCUGGCGGUACGGGCGGUGUACGGACGGUGGGGGUGUGUUUCCAGGUGAGUGUGUUCAGCCGGUGGCCGCUCCAGACUCCUGGUUCUCCCUGCUGAGAGGGCGGAGCCUCGUGACAGACACGGCCGUGUUGCCGCCUCCGCUGCAAUCGCCGUGGCGAUGGGGCUCUACUGUCGCCGCCCAAGAACUGGACCUCAACACAGAG